GUUGCAGGCAGCGCAACUUCACCUUCCGCUCGACCAUCGUGUUCUUUUAUCCGCGCCUUCCCCUGCCUUCCUCCGCCGAAACCCCCACCGUCCAAAACCCCCCACCAGCCAUCACCAUGGUGAUGGCCGCCGCCGGACGGUGCCUCCUCCUCUCCCGCCCCGCCCCCCUCCGCCUUCGCCUCCUUCGCGCUGCUCUCUCCACCGCCCCCAUCCUCACCGCCUCCACUCCCCAUCCCCCUCCCCGCCACGAGCUCCUCCUCGAGCGCCUCCGCCUCCGCCAUCUCAAGGACGCCUCCCCCGGUGCCCCGAAGCCGUCGCGGGAGAGGGCUAGGGGCGGGGAGCGGGGCUCGGAGCACCUGCAACAGCAGCAGGGGAGGAGAGCCGAGGCCGCUGAGAGCUUCGAGGAGCUGGGGCUCGGGGAGGAGGUGAUGACCGCGCUGGGGGAGAUGGGCAUUUCCAAGCCCACCGAGAUCCAGUGCGUCGGCGUUCCCGCCGUACUGACCGGCACCAGCGUUGUGCUUGGCUCGCACACCGGCUCUGGGAAGACGCUCGCCUACUUGCUCCCACUUGUUCAGCUACUUCGGCGUGAUGAAGCAAUGUUAGGUAUGUCAAUGAAGCCAAGGCGGCCAAGAGCAGUAGUACUCUGCCCCACGAGGGAGCUAACUGAGCAGGUCUAUCGUGUUGCAAAGUCCAUCAGCCAUCAUGCGCGUUUCCGGUCAACGAUGGUUAGUGGAGGGACCCGUCUAAGACCCCAGGAAGAUUCUUUGAACAUACCUGUUGACAUGGUUGUUGGUACUCCUGGAAGGAUUCUUGAUCAUAUCAAGGAUGGUAACAUUGUUUACGGUGAUAUUAAGUAUCUGGUUCUGGAUGAGGCAGAUACAAUGUUUGAUCAAGGCUUUGGACCAGACAUACGGAAGUUCCUUGCUCCAUUGAAGAAUCGUGCUGCAAAGCCUGGCGAUCAGGGGUUCCAAACUGUAUUGGUUGCUGCUACCAUGACAAAGGCUGUACAAAAGUUGAUUGAUGAGGAAUUUGAAGGUAUUGUCCAUUUGCGAACGUCAUCAUUUCAAAAGAGAGUUGCAACAGCACGGCAUGACUUUAUCAAACUUUCUGGUGCCGAAAACAAACUUGAGGCUCUUCUGCAGGUUCUUGAGCCAAGCUUGGCAAAGGGAAACAAAGUUAUGGUGUUCUGUAAUACUUUAAAUUCAAGUCGUGCAGUGGACCAUUUUCUGACCGAAAAUCAAAUAUCUACUGUUAACUAUCAUGGAGAGGUUCCGGCUGAAGAGAGAGUCGAGAACCUGAACAAGUUCCGGAAUGAAGAGGGGGAUUGCCCAACAUUGGUAUGCACUGAUCUGGCAGCUAGAGGCCUGGAUUUGGAUGUUGACCAUGUCAUCAUGUUUGACUUCCCAUCGAAUUCUAUUGAUUACCUGCACAGAACCGGAAGAACUGCACGCAUGGGAGCCAAAGGGAAAGUUACAAGCCUUAUCGCGAAGAAAGAUGUGCCUUUAGCUACACGGAUUGAAGAGGCCAUCAAGAAAAACGAGAGCUUGGAAGCUCUCACGACUAGCAAUGUCAGAAGGGCUACCAAUCCGCAGAAUGCAAGUACCAAAGGAAGGACCUCAAGGUUGGUUAAUAGUUCAAGUGCCCUUAAAGUUGCCAAUCAGAAGGGUAGAAGGGGAGUCGUGCUGUCUAGCAAGUCUUCAAGGGCUCCCAAGGACACAUCUUCAACCCGAAAGCGUUCACCACCAAAGAGCCAGCCAAAGGCGACGAAAUCGGCACCCGCUGGGAAAGCCAAGGUGGUGAAAUCCGCUAAGAAUAGCGUAAAGGUUUCAAAGAGCAAAUCAAAACCAGUGGGUCGAAAGAGUGAUGCUCUGAACAAGAUAGGAACUAAGCUCAGUGUGGUUGGAUUCAGAGGGCGCAGCUCAGGCAAAUCAGCGCAAGCUUCGUAAGAAGUCCUCGGAGAUUUUUUUUCCUUAAAAAAGAUUUCUUGGAGAUUUUGGAUAGUGCAUCGUGUAAAUAUCUUAUUUGUUUCUUCCAUUCGUCCUUGCGGGCUUACAAGUUGAGUAAACUUGAGAUCUUACCGCGGCAGCUAUAUCUAAUGUUUUCUUCUGCAGAAUGUUGGAAUAAUUCAUUUUGUUACUCGUAUCCACCAAUUAUGUUGAGUGUUUGUGUA